UCUUGCCCCUCUCUCAAACUAUUCAAGUGCGUGCCCUUUCACAUUCUACACUCUGGAUGGGCGAUUUGAGGCGCAUAUAUUGAUUCGACGCGUAUUUUUCGUCUGUCCUGGUCAUCCGAGAUGGAGCAGAACUAUGCCUCAUGUCAAUAUGGCGCCGUUUGCGGUCUUUCCAGCGCCAUGUUCUGCGACUACACGCAUAUACUGACGUGCCUUUACCUUUUGUAGUAUGAGGGAAAUCGUUCAUCUCCAAACCGGCCAGUGUGGUAACCAAAUUGGUGCCAAGUUCUGGGAGGUCGUCUCUGAGGAACAUGGCAUUGACAAGGAUGGCUCAUACAAGGGAAAGGAGGAUAUGCAGCUCGAGCGUAUCAGCGUCUACUACAACGAGGCCGGCGGAAACAAGUACGUUCCCCGCGCUGUACUUGUGGAUCUCGAGCCCGGAACCAUGGAUGCCAUCCGCUCCGGUCCCUACGGUGCCCUGUUCCGUCCUGAUAACUUUGUCUUCGGUCAGAGUGGUGCAGGUAACAACUGGGCGAAGGGCCAUUACACUGAAGGUGCUGAGCUUGUUGAUUCCGUUCUCGAUGUUGUCCGCAAGGAAGCUGAGGGCUGCGACUGCCUGCAAGGGUUCCAAAUCACCCAUUCGCUUGGUGGCGGUACCGGUGCUGGUAUGGGUACUCUCCUUAUCUCCAAGAUCCGUGAGGAGUACCCCGACCGCAUGAUGUGCACUUUCUCCGUCGUUCCCUCUCCCAAGGUGUCCGAUACUGUCGUUGAGCCGUACAACGCUACACUGUCCGUACAUCAGCUUGUGGAGAACUCUGACGAAACCUUCUGCAUUGACAACGAGGCCCUGUACGAGAUUUGCUUCAGGACACUGAAGCUCACCACCCCGACUUACGGUGACCUCAACCACCUCGUGUCUAUUGUGAUGUCCGGCAUCACCACUUGCCUCCGCUUCCCAGGUCAGCUUAACUCUGAUCUGCGGAAGAUGGCUGUCAAUCUGGUUCCGUUCCCUCGUCUCCACUUCUUCAUGGUUGGCUUCGCUCCCCUCACUGCCCGGGGAAGCCAGCAGUUCCGUGCUGUCACCGUUCCUGAGCUCACACAGCAGAUGUUCGAUGCCAAGAACAUGAUGGCGGCUUCCGACCCCAGGCACGGUCGUUAUUUGACUGUCGCUGCCAUCUUCCGUGGCAAGGUCUCCAUGAAGGAGAUCGAGGAACAAAUGCAGAAUGUACAGAACAAGAACUCGGCCUACUUCGUCGAGUGGAUCCCCAACAAUGUGCUGGCCGCUCAGUGCGACAUCCCGCCUAAGAACUACAAGAUGUCCGUCACAUUCAUUGGGAACUCCACCGCUAUUCAGGAGCUCUUCAAGCGUGUUUCCGACCAGUUCUCCGCAAUGUUCAAGAAGAAGGCGUUCUUGCACUGGUACACCCAGGAGGGUAUGGACGAGAUGGAGUUCACCGAGGCAGAGAGCAACAUGCAAGAUCUCGUUGCGGAGUAUCAACAAUACCAGGAUGCCACGGUUGAGGAUGAUGCGGAGUACGAAGAGGAGGCGCCUCUGGAUGACGCUGAGUAAAGGUCUUUCGAGUAAAUGUCUUCUAUACCCGAAGGACAUGUGACAAGGAUCGGCGAUACAUCUGCUUUUGUUCUUGCUCACUCUCCUAGAUACGCUCAUGGUCUUCCUCUCAAACGGCUCUUAUUUGGGUCAGUAGCGAGCUCCGUAUGAAACGUUUCUGAUAAUUUACGCUGCCUUUCUUCUCUCGUACAACUAUCCAAACUCUAUUCCUUAC